AUGCCCAACGAGAUUUCCACCUCCAACAACGACCAAGCUCUCCCAAGGACAGAAACACAAACAGCCAAGUCAUCACCUACCUACACCAUCCCCGAAGGCGAAUUCUGCGUUUUCGGAAAAGUCUACGCCCACCCCCAACACGCCUCCGCCCUUGCUCGCGUCUACGAAGAAACCACCCGUCUCGCUGCCUCCGAGCCAGGCGUGAUUUAUUACAGCAUUUCCCAGGAACCAGCAGACGCCGACGCAGGAGGUAGCGGGAAAGAAGGAGGAGGAGGAGGGGAGGAGAGGUCAAGGGUCUUUUAUUUUUUUGAGCAGUACACGGGGAGGGAAGCGUUUGAGGCGCAUAAUCGACAGCCGAUCAUUAGGAAGUUGUUGGAGGAGGAUAAGUAUAUUGAGAGGGUGGAGGAUGUGGUUUUUGCGAAGCCGCUGAAGGGUGUUGGGCCUGUUGGGCCUGCUGGGAAGUGA